CAGCUGACUUAAGUUUGGACUUUGGCAGGAUAAUUUAAAAAAAUGUUGUGCAAAUAGAAAAUUGCAAACAUUCUAUGAUUCUUCUAUUUUCUACUAGAUAUAACAAAAUUCGAUAUCCAAAGAAAUAUUGAACAUUGUUACAGAUUAUUGAAAUAAUUUUUGGAAUGAUAAUAUAACCAAGAUCUAAAGAUGUUGGUAAAUAUAAUUAUGAAGCAAAAUUGCUUAUUAAUAGCACAUUUAAAAAAUAAUAUUAAAAUAUUAAGCUCAGCAAGGAGGCUUAGUACCAAAAAUGAUGAAAAAUUUAAGGGCAAGUACGACGUAAUAAUCGCCGGAGGUGGAAUGGUGGGCUGUACACUCGCUUGUGCCAUGGGUAAAAAUGCUCUGUUGUCCAAUUUAAAGAUUCUAUUACUAGAAGGAAGUCCUAACAAGAAAUAUGAAUUAACUCCUCAUUAUAGUAAUAGAGUUGUGGCAUUAAAUCAGAACACAAAGUCUUUAAUGAAUUCAAUUAAUGUAUGGGAACAUGUUGAGGCUCUGCGACUUCAACCUGUGAGACAUAUGCAAGUAUGGGAUGCAUGUUCUGAUGCAAUGAUCACCUUUAGUAGUACAGAUAUACUUGAUGAUGAUGUAGCGUAUAUAGUCGAAAAUGAUGUACUGUUACAUGCCGUGAGCAAAGAAUUAAGCAAAUCCAAAAAUAUAGAAACAGUCUACCAGGCGAAAAUAGCAAGUUAUCAAUUAUCACAAUCUCAGUUAUCACAUGAGAAUAUUGUGAAGAUGAGCAAUGGUGAUACAUACUCUUGUGAUUUAUUGAUUGGAGCCGACGGCGCUAACUCGGCUGUGAGGAAUGCUAUGGGCGUGCAAUAUGUAUCUUGGAAGUAUGACCACACGGGAGUUGUGGCUACACUGCAAUUAGCUGAGGAGUCGGAGAACACUACGGCCUGGCAGCGUUUCCUACCAACCGGUCCGAUAGCCCUUCUACCACUUAACUCGAAGCAAAGUUCUCUAGUCUGGUCCACAUCUCCUGAACACGCUAAAGAACUGCUCAACUUGCCUGAAGAGAGAUUUGUUGAUGCCCUCAAUGAUGCUCUGUGGAAACAAUACCCCCGAAGCAAGGGCAUAGAUGCCUGUACUGCCUGGGUUGGGUCUAUACUCCACCGUUUGGGUCUACCCGAUGGCGCUCAAAGGCAGCUCCCGCCCAGCAUAUGCGAAAUUACUCCCAAUUCCAGAGCUGCCUUCCCCUUGGCUUUUGGACAUAGCACUAAGUAUAUUGCACCCGGUGUAGUACUCAUUGGUGACGCGGCGCAUCGCGUCCACCCACUUGCAGGUCAAGGGGUUAACCUUGGAUUUGGAGAUAUUAAGGACUUGACGGAACUGCUCACUGAUGCUUUAUACUCUGGAUUAGAUAUAACCCACUCAGACUGGAUGCAAAAAUACGAGACGACCCGCCAACGUCACAAUGUGCCCACUCAAUUAUGCGUAGACGCCCUAUAUAGGCUGUAUGCAUACAACAUACCUCCGUUUGUUCUAGCCAGGAGUAUAGGUCUACAAAUCACUAAUGCUCUUCAUCCAGUUAAGAAACUCCUAAUGUCCCAUGCUACAACAUGAACAAGAAGAAUUACUUAAUUGUUAAUUAUAGUCAUUAAAGUAUUAAUUAUUAA